CGGAAGUUGAAGUCCUCUGUGUGGAAAGGCACCAAAGAGAGAGAGAGAAAGAAAACACAUAAACACUAUCAGUUAUCACUACUCUUCUAUCAAUAAAACCGCAAUGGUGGACGUGGACCGGAGGAUGACCGGUCUAAACCCGGCCCAUAUAGCCGGUUUACGCCGUUUAUCGGCCCGAGCAUCAGCAGCCCCGUCCGUCCCGGUCCGUAACGGCGUCGUUUCAUUCGCUUCCUUAGCAGACAAGGUAAUAAACCACCUUCGCGACUCAGGCAUACACGUGCAGCAUGGUCUCUCGGACACGGAGUUCGCACGUGCCGAGGCCGAGUUUGGGUUCGUGUUCCCGCCGGACCUCCGCGCCGUCCUCGCUGCUGGACUUCCCGUUGGUCCGGGAUUCCCGGACUGGCGGUCUGGCGGCGCGCGGCUGCACCUGCGCGCGUCGCUGGACCUUCCGAUCGCGGCGAUUUCGUUUCAGAUCGCACGGAACGCGGUGUGGUCGAAGUCGUGGGGUCCGCGGCCGUGCGAGCCGGAGAAGGCGUUGCGAGUGGCGAGGAACGCGCUGAAGCGAGCGCCGCUGCUGAUUCCAAUCUUCAACCAUUGCUACAUUCCUUCCAAUCCCUCCCUCGCCGGAAACCCUAUCUUCUUCGUCGAUGAGAACAGAAUCUUCUGCUGCGGCUUAGAUCUCUCCGAUUUCUUCGACCGCGAGUCGCUCUUCCGGAGCUCAGAAGCCGAUCCUAUACUCCUCAAGAAGCAGCGAUCCGUCAGCGAGAAAUCCACCGGCGUUUCCGUUUCCGCGGCGUUCUCGCGCCGGAGCCUCGACUCCGGCACGAGGACGCCGCGGUGGGUGGAGUUCUGGUCCGACGCCGCCACGGAUAAGCGGAGGAGGAACUCAUCCUCGUCGUCGUUAUCGGCGUCGUCUUCGCCGGAGAGGUUUUUCGAGAUGCCGCGGAGUAAAGUUCCUGGUUGGGUGGAAGAAUACAUAGGGCAAAUCGGGUCAGUUUUGAAAGCGGGUGGGUGGAGCGAAUCGGAUAUAAAUGAAAUGGUUGAGGUUUCAGCUUCUGGAUUCUUCGAGGGAGAGAUGGUGGUGUUGGAUAAUCAAGCGCUGUUGGAUGCUCUGCUUUUGAAGGCAGAUAAGUUUUCGGAUUCUCUCCGAAAAGCUGGGUGGAGCUCCGAAGAGGUAUCCGAAGCAUUGGGGUUCGAUUUUCGACCCGAGAAGGAACGGAAACCGGCCAAGAAGCUGUCACCUCAACUCGCCGAGAGAAUCGAGAAAUUGGCUCAGUCGGUUUCCCGGUCAAGGCAUGAUACUUGGGAAAAGGAAACUGGAUGAAGGAAUGAAUUUACCUACACUUGUUUUGUUUUUUUUUAAGGUCUUGCUUUUCCCUCUUUUGGGUUGAAAACGAUGAGGAAUUGGGGAAACGCGUUGUACUAUGAAACAAAGUGCACAAAAUAGAUCAAAAAGAGGUUUAAAAUUGCAUGUUGUUGAUCAUCUUUUUUUUAUUUUUAUUUAUAGAAAUUUAAGUUCAUAAUAAAUGAUCAACCGUUAAGAAGUGUUGUGUACAGUAAAAUGAAUAUCCCAGCCAGCCAAACGUUUUUUUUA